AUGUUUUCUUCUCUUCUUCGCUCACAGGUUUUACACAAUCUUCAACGUCCAGCAAUUCUCCGUGUGGGGUUCAUUUCUAAAGCUUCUCAGAGCUCUAGCUUCUCCGCACCUUUCUCGUAUUCGCGAAGCAUGGCUACCGGCAAUUCCGCUAAGAUCACUGACUGGGUGAGCCCUUCCGACAAGUCGGGCGAGUUCAAGCGUCAAACAUCUGUCUUCCGUAACUUCAUCUCUAGAGAGGCUGGUGCCCAAUUUCCUCCGGAAAAGGGCCGCUACCAUCUCUAUGUCUCGUACGCUUGCCCAUGGGCUCACCGGACUCUGAUUGCCCGGAAGCUCAAGGGUCUGGAGGACUUCGUUUCCUUCUCCUCGGUGCAUUGGCACAUGGGCGAGCAUGGCUGGCGAUUCCCUACUGUCGAAGACAAUCUUCCGGGAGAGAACGCCAUCCCCGAUCCUCUGCACCCGGACUUCACCCACAUCCGCCAAGUAUACUUCUCCAACAACCCGGACUAUUCCGGCCGAUUCACUGUGCCUGUCCUGUUCGACAAGAAGACCAAGCUCAUUGUCAGCAAUGAGAGCGCAGAAAUCAUCCGAAUGUUCUACACCGAGUUUGAUGAUGCCCUCCCCGAGCAAUACAAGAAAGUAGACCUUUUCCCCAAGGCCUUCCAGGCCGAAAUCGAUGCCUCAAAUGAAUGGAUCUACAAUGACAUCAACAAUGGCGUCUACAAGUCUGGCUUCGCAACCACACAAGAAGCCUACGAAAAGGCCGUCACAACUCUCUUCAGCUCCCUCGAUAAGGUGGAAGCCCAUCUUUCCAAGCAACAAGCAGCCUCCCAGCGGUACUUCUUCGGUGAUGAGAUUACCGAGGCCGAUAUUAGAUUGUUCACGACAAUCAUCCGUUUCGAUCCUGUCUACGUGCAGCACUUCAAAUGCAAUCUUCGUGAUAUUCGUUCUGGGUUCCCGGCUAUCCAUGCUUGGCUGAGACGUCUCUAUUGGGAUGUUCCUGCUUUCAAGGAUACUACCCAGUUUGAGCAUAUCAAGUUUCACUAUACUAAGAGUCACAAGCAGAUUAAUCCCUUUGCUAUUACCCCUCUUGGACCUUUGCCUGAUAUUCUUCCUAAGGAUGAGGAGGUGAAGGCUGUUAAGGCGGCUUGA